AUAGUCUCAGAGAGCCAACCGUCUUUCUAUCUGUAGUUUCCAGCGGCUUUUGUUGAGAUAUGUGAGUAACUAGAAAAUGAGGGGCGUGAUGUUGGUGCAUUUGCUCUUGGAGCUGCUCGUUGGAUGUUGGGCUCUAGUCGAGAUAGACUACCCUCUGAACAGGAGUGUCGUUAUCCAACCGAGUUCCCGUCGUCUGCAAGUUCAAAUCGAGGCUCGUGAAACGGAGCGAUCAAGUCUGUCCUAUUCUAUUACAAGAACGACGUUGAAUGGAACUGUUAGAGUUUCAACGGAUGGUUUAGUUACAUCUAGUAGACCUGUGUAUGACACAGGCAAGUUUGAUCUUGAGGUGGAGAUCAGAGGAAGUGAUGUUUCCCGUCUUCUGUUUUCUAUCUGUGUUACCUCAGACGAUCUCAACUCUUCUAUCUUCAGUCAUUUGACCAACAUCACAAUUCCUGAAAAUUCUGUUGAAGGCUAUGUUGUUUUACCGAUAAAUCUAUCUAUUCCAUAUUGUGAGGCUCAUGUCAGGCUGAAUGUGGAUCCUCCAUCUUCAAUGUUUGGGAUUAAAAACCAUCAAUUAGUUGUAACAAAUAGUUCAUUACUUGACUAUGAAGUCACAACAAGCUAUAGACUGCUAAUAGUAGCACUUGAUUUGGACUGGAUUUCUGCCUUGUUUACGUCAACAAAUGUCACAGUUUUGCUGAAGGAUGUCAAUGAUAACCCUGCAAUCAUCCAUAAUGAUGGAGCUGAAGUGAUUGUUCCAGUUAGAACUCAUGUUAAUACAAAUCUGUUGAAACUAAACAUUACUGAUGCAGAUGUAACUUUUUCUGGACAGGAAGAGCUGUUACUUGUAGAGGGAAAUGUUAAUGGCACAUUCAUUGUUAAUCAGAAAGAGAGACAGAUUAUUCUCUAUCGGGUACUUUUGCAAGAGUUUAUAUAUAACUUGACGGUUCAAGUUAGAGAUGGAGGCACACCUUCCCUAUUUUCUAUUGCACAUUUUGUGAUCAAAUCAGUUCGUGAUGUAACUGAACCAAAGUUUGAGUCAAAUCCUUAUGUUUUCAAUGUUCGGGAAGAUGCACAGGCACAUCAUCCAAUUGGAAAUAUCGAUGCCACCUCACAGUCUGCUGUGCCAGUGCUAGAAGUAGACCGUCUCCCUCAAUUUUCUUGGUUUGCAGUGACUAAACGGAUUUCUGUUUCAAGUGCAAAUGAAAAGCUAAAUUUCUGUAAGAAAUCACAGUUUGUUUUGAACGCAACUGCAAAAGUGGGAAGUGAUGAGUCUUGGGUGAACGUUAUUAUUUUGAUUAUUCCAGUUGAGACACUUCGCUUUCAACAAGAAAACUACAAUUUUACUGUCUACCUUAACGCAUCUACUGAGCAGACAGUAUUUGAUGUACACGUUGUCGAUGGUCGUCGUACAGCCCUCACAGUAUAUUAUGAGUUGACAGACGUUAGUGAUACAUUUCGGAUUAAAAAGGAAACUGGAGCAGUGCAUCUUACUUCUUCUUGUUUGGUCAGGAAGGACACGAGCAAUUUAGAAUUGAUUGUCAAUGCCAGAACAGGGACUGGUGAAGAUCCAUACUGUGUGGCUACAGCUCGCAUAUUCGUGCAACUUGUCAAUGUCAACAAUUAUUCUCCAAUGUUUGUGUCAGGUGGUCUAGUUUCAAUAACUGAAGACGCAACUGUUGGCAGUGAAGUACAACAUAUUAAUGUGACAGAUUUAGAUCGUUGCAGAGCAGGAGUUGUGAGAGUUAAAAUACUGCAAGCAUCUGCAAAUUGGUUAGAAUUGAACUCUGUUCGCAAUGCCCUUGUUCUAUCGAGAGAGCUGGAUUUUGAGGCUGGUGAUAGAAAUAUGACACUUGUAUUGGAAGCUAGUGACCAGGGAAAUCCAAUUCGAACUACUGUUACUACAUUGGAAAUUAAUGUGGUGGAUGUCAAUGACAAUUCUCCAAUAUUUGUUGGGAUAGAUGCCAACACUUUGCAAUAUGUCUUUAAAGUGUAUGAGAAUGUUUCAGUAGGAGCUAUGGUGGCAAAUGUGUUUGCACAAGACAAUGAUAGUGGAGUAAAUGCCAGAGUUUCUUACCACAUGUCUGAUACUAGGGAUGGCAGCUACUUUAGUAUCAACUCGACUACAGGACAGAUAACUGUUGUUGCUAUGUUGAACCGCAAGAAUCAAUCCAUCUAUACGUUUGAAGUUAUUGCAAGUGACUAUGGAAAGCCCAUCUUACGCAGCGUGGUAAAUGUGACUGUCAGAUUGUUGGAAGUGAAUGAUUAUACUCCUAGACUGGAGUUGAGGAACAAUAUGAUGUCAAUUAUAGUGAAUGAGAGUACGCCUGUUGGGACUCCAGUAGCAUAUCUUGUUGUGAUGGACGAAGACUUGGAGAGCGCAGGUCGUGUGUCUAUCAGAAUAACCAACUCCAGCAUUGAAUGGUUAUCACUAGACCAGGCAGCACAGACUCUCAAUGUGAACCAAACGUUGGAUUAUGAGAGUUUAUUGGACAAAAAUGGUUUUAUGAUCGUUGAAGCUUUUGAUCACGGGACUCCUCCACUGAGCACUACAUUGACACUGAAUAUUCAGAUGAUUGAUAUUAAUGAUAACAGUCCAAAGUUUGUUGACAUGGAUAAGGAACCAGUUCAAGUGUAUGAAAACAUCAGUAUUGGUGCUGUAGUGACAGUGAUAUCAGCUCAGGACGCUGACAGUGGAGACAAUGGCAGAUUAUCAUAUUACCUGUUAGGGAUAGGAGAUAGUUCAUAUUUUCACAUCAAUGUAACAACAGGCUUCGUGACUGUAGCAACUAAACUAUUAACUCGAACAGAUCAAAGUGUGUAUGUAUUUGAAAUUGUUGCGCGUGACUUUGGGCAGCCUAGUUUAAGGAGCUAUAUCAAUGUGACUGUUGACGUGUUGGAAGUGAAUGAUCAUGCUCCUAGUCUUCAAACAAUGGGAAAUGAGACCUUAAUCUCUGUCAAUGAGAGUACACUUGUUAGGACUCCUGUUGCAUUUCUUCAUGUGACAGAUGAAGACCUUGAUGAUGCCGGCCGUGUUUCUCUUCAGAUUUCUAAUUCUAGUAUUGAAUGGUUGUCUCUUGAUCAGGCUGCAAUGACGCUGAAUGUAAGCCAAUCAUUAGAUUAUGAGAGUUUAUCAAGUAGAGAUGGUUUUGUGGUAAUUGAUGCUGUAGAUCAUGGAGAUCCUAGAAUGACUAGUCAACUGAAAUUAACUGUCAAGUUGAUAGAUGUCAAUGAUCAUUCUCCUCGUUUUGUUGAUGACAGAGACAAAGAAGUUACUACAUUCAAUGUAACGAUCAAUGAGACUGCUAUAAAUGAGACGGUACUGAAGGUUACUGCAAUUGAUCAGGACUCUGAUGAAAACGGUUUAGUAUCGUACAAACUGAAUCAAACUGGUGAUGAAAUAUAUUUUGAGAUUGAUCAACAAACAGGCAUUCUGUCUGUCAGAGAGCUACCAACCAGAAGAAAACAAAAUGUAUUCUAUAUACACGUGAUUGCUCUGGAUUCUGGCUUACCUUCAAAAAGUAGCUCUGCACUUAUCAUAGUCACUGUUUUGGAUGUGAACAAAUAUUAUCCAGUGAUUGUAACAUCAUCUGUUGACGGUGCACUGAAUGUCUUUGAGAACAUAACAGUAGGAAGUGUUGUUCUCUUACUAAAUGUCACUGAUAGAGAUAGCAAAUCUGCAGGCAUGGUGUCUGUUUCGAUAAUAAACAACUCUGCUAGCUGGGUUGCACUGUCGACUGAUGAAUCUUCCCUCGUUGUUGCAGAAUCACUAGAUUAUGAGAAUGGUCCACACAACUCUAGUUUGUCGCUGUUGGCAUGUGAUCAUGGUCGUCCUGUGCGAUGCAGCCAUCCGUAUCAUCUUCAUUUGUAUCUUCAUGAUGUUAACGACAAUGCUCCCAGGUUCAGGAAAACGUUUGAUGCUGGAUUUAACUCUACAGUUGGGAUCUAUAAUGUCACAGUUUUGGAGAGUUUGAGUGUGAAUUCAACAGUGCUGUUUGUGUCUGCUCAAGAUGAUGACAGUAACAUUAAUGGCUAUGUGACAUACAAGUUGCAAAGUGGCUAUGAUUUUUCCUACUUUGACAUUAAUCAGACAUCUGGACUUGUUCGCUUAUCAAUCAAAUUGAACAGAACACUCAAGUCAGAGUAUCAAAUCAAAGUUACUGCACAAGAUGGUGGAACUCCUUCUCUCUCUGCAGAAGCUAUUGUAAUCAUUAAAGUACUAGAAGUGAACGAUCAUCGUCCUGUCUUUGAACUGCGAUCAGGAUAUACUGUGAUGGUUAAUGAAAACACUCCUGUUGGCACAGUUGUUUUGACCAUUGGUGCAACAGAUGAGGACUUGGACAAGUUUGGUCUAAUAUCUCUGCGUAUCGUCAAUACCACUACACCAUGGCUCCUUCUCAAUACAACUUCAAGAAGUUUGUAUGUAAGCUCAACCCCAGACUAUGAGACUAGUGACAUUUUCAGUUGGGUUCUUGUUGAAGCCAAAGAUCUCGGAAAUCCUCCAAAGAGUUCAGAACUCAAUCUUACGUGUCAGGUUCUAGAUAUAAAUGAGUUUAAGCCAGUGUUUGACAAUAGUAGUUACAGUGCUGAAGUACGUACAACGCUACCUGUUGGGGGACAAAUCGUCAGUGUGAGAGCCAUCGACAGAGACAGAUCGGGAAAUGAAGUGACUUACAGUUUGGAAGGUAGUCUGUUUGCGUUUUCUAUCAACUCAAUUGAUGGAAUGAUCAGUUCAGCACUACCUUUGACAAAGCGACUGUAUAUACUAACAGUAACUGCAACUGACAGUGGAUCUCCACCUCUCCAAGCAUCGGUUCAAGUGAACAUAACGGUGUCGUUUGUGUACAGUGCCCCUCCUCAGUUUGACUCUUCACAAUACAAUGUUAUACUUGUUGAUGGCAUGAUCUCUGGCAAACUUGCUCUGCAAGUGUUUGCAGUAAAUCCAGAAGAAAACAUGGAUAACAGGGUGAUGUAUACUCUCUGUUGUACUUCCGAUUUUGUCAUUAAUGCAUCAUCUGGAGAAAUUCUAACUAAUUCUACAUUGCAAUACAACCGUCAGAGUGAAUACAUUCUGUUAGUCAAAGCAUCCAAUCCUUCAGGAGAGUUAAGUUCUACUGCAACUGUUGUGAUCCUAUUGGCUCCCUCUGAAGCUGCUCUUUCUAAACCAUUUCACUGCUCACAUCCAAUUGCUAACUGGGUCAAGAAAGAAUCAAAGUGUUCAUCAGAUAAUUUACUUUUGGUUGAACCGAUGGUCAACAAUGCGCUCGAUAUAAUCAGUAUCUGGUGGCGUGAUUGGUCAACUUUGGAAGGUCAAAUUGAUACAUUUGAAUACUCUGUAUACAGCUUGGAAAAAAGUAAUGGUAGUGAGCUGACUUACAGCAAAUAUCCAGUAUUGACAAUAUCUCACCUAUCAGAAAGUCAAAAUGGAGAUGCAUCCAGCAUACUUUAUAGUAGUCUGUUCAGUGGUGGAUCAUAUGCUGUGGUGCUUAAGGCAGUGAGUGGGAAUCAGAUAUCGUUGGCAAGACGUUUUAUGGUUAUUGGUUCUAAUUCCAGGCUGAUCUUGUUACUGAGCAAGUGUAUAGUUUUUAGUUCGGCAGCACCACUUGAUAGUACGUUACCAUGGCAGACAACUUCUAAUGGAUUUUCUGUCAGUUGGGCUGGCUGCUUUGCAAACAGUCUGUUUCAUAAGAAGCCAUGGAUGUUGAAUCGUGUAAAGAAAGAUUCUCGUAUUCCUAAUGAAUACGAUCAGCUAAAUGGACCUUUUUCUCGAAAUGGGAGAUUAACAAGACAAGGAAUUAUUCAGUUUCAGAUUGCAUACCAAAUCACACGUCAUCGGAUGAAACGAACUGAAGCCGAGCAAAUGCAAUGGCAACUCGAUUCCUCUCUUGAUGAAAGUACAAAAGUAAAUGUCACUCUUUAUAGUGGAGAUCGUGUGCAAGUGUGGGUAAACGCUGCUGAUAUAUUUGAUAAUAUUGCCACAAGCAGUGCUGAUUUAUAUGUGGAUAUGUCUCCACCGGAGUUGACCAAAUUUAAUGUAACUGUUAUGCCCGAGCCACGACUUCAAGACUUUACAGAUGAUCAUUUCUCCGCACUAGGAAGCAAUAGCAGCAUUCCAGCUGUGUUCCUAUAUGUUGCUGUUGAAGAUUGUGAGAGUGGAGUAGAUCAGUUUGAGUGGAAACUUGGAAAUAGGGUCAAACAUGAUCUCUAUGGAUUCAAAUCCCAGGUGGUCAGCAUAAGCCACAGUGUAGCGAACCAUAACAGUAAAUGUGAGUGUUCUUUGCUUGGUGAAUGUUCACAAUUAGAGUAUGACUUCCAAAUCAAAAGAGAAGAGGAUAGGCUGAUUGCCACUAACAGUGAAUAUUACUACAAUGUUGUGUCUGCAAAUCGAGCUGGAUUGAGAGCAAAUAUCACUGGCAAUGGAACUGCGUUUCAUCAGUCUGAGACCAUAGACUGGAACUUGCACAUAACAUCAUCAACUGCUCUUUCUGCCCAUUGGACAAAAGUAAUUAAUGGAAUGAUGGUGGCUGUUAUAGUUUGUGAAGCAGAAGUGAAUGUGACUAAUUGCAACAGAUCAACUGUAGCUGGAAUAGAGGGUAUGUCGGUCCACAUAAAUGGUCUAAAGAAAUACAGGCAAUAUGCAGUGCAGCUUCAAGUUUUGAAUAACAAUGCAGCUGCAGUGACACUGUCAUCGAUUAGAGUAAAUAGAACUCAUGAAGACAUUCCUGAUGAAAGUCCUCGGAACCUUGAGGUUGUCCAAAUCAGUUCAUCAUCGGUGACAGUAUCUUGGGAACCACCACCUAGUGACAAGCACAAUGGGAUUCUUCGAAGCUAUCAUAUUAAUAUUUCUCCUGGUCUUAAUGGACCUAACAAUUCAACUAAGAACGUAUCAGCAACUGAACGAGAAACCACUAUCUCCAUUUUGCACCCAUAUACUAAUUACAUCAUAAAAAUUGCUGUUUCUACAUCUGUUGGAAUGUCAUCAUACAGCAAUGUUGUCUCUGCUACAACUAAGGAAGCAAGUCCAGAUGCAUCUCCGACAGAAGUUACAGUAAUUAGUGCUGAAUCCAAAUCGCUGACGUUGUCAUGGAAGCCACCUCCUGAAUCAUCUCAGAAUGGUGUCAUUACGGGUUAUGAGAUAAGACUACAACUUGCAGGAGAACGUGAAAAUGGCGUGUGCAUGUCACCCAUUAGUAAGACAGUUAAUACGACUGAGGCAACAGUAACUGGAUUGUGUCCAUUUACUGAGUAUGCCAUCCAAGUGAGAGCUAUGAAUAUAGCCGGUGACAGUGAUUUCAGUAUUCUCAUUACUAACACUACAGAUGAAGAUCGACCUGGAGUACCUAUAAUAAGUGAUGUAUCUGGACAGAGCACAUCCACCAUUAGGAUUCGAUGGAAAGAACCUAGUCAAACGAAUGGCAUUAUUUUGUCAUAUCAGAUUGAGUUUGGACGCGAUGACACUAACCAUGCAAAGAGUACUUAUCCAGAUGAUCAAAUGCGCUAUGAAGUCUUUGAGGACUUGGAAAGCAAUACAGCAUAUAAAGCUCGGAUUCGAGCCAAAACGAAAAAGGGAUUUGGUAACUGGAGCAGUUACCACAGCAAUUCAACAUUUGAACAUUUUUUUGGUUCUCCGGCCAAUCUCAGUUCAAAGUCAGGUGUUGAAAAUGUAACUCUUUUCUGGAGUCCUCCUCCCAAGGAAUCUUUGCAGUUAUACUACAAAGUUAGCUAUCAAGUUUCUCAGGGCAGCAAUGACAACUUGAUGCAAGAAGAGAAGAAUAUUAGUGAAAGACGAAAAAUGAUCUCAGGGCUAAAACCGUUCACGGUAUACAAGUUUGUGGUCCAGGUGGAUACACUAAAUGCAAAUAAAUCGACUCUUUUUGUGUGGACAGAAGAAGGCCGUCCCAGUGCAGUUACCAAUUUCAAUGUUGAGCCUCGUAACAAUGGUAGAUCGACAUACGCUUCUGUAGAGUUGCAGUGGAAAGAACCAAACGAAACCAAUGGGAUUGUGGGGUACAAAGUUGUGUAUAUUAAUACUGCAAGUCAAAUGCAAGGAAAGAAAACAGUUACGACGAGAAAGGGAGGUAAUGGUCGUUUUUAUUACAUAUUGCCUGGAUUGGAUGGUGCAAGUGACUACCUCUUCAAAAUGUUUGCAUACAAUUUGCAAAAGAAUCUCAUUGGCCCAAGUGUGUCAAAGAUAAUCAAGACACGCCCAGCAGUUCCUACAGCUCCAACCAGUAUUUUUAUUAGACCAAAGUCAGCAAGCGAAAUUUAUGUGAACUGGCAGCCUCCUGGACGACCAAAUGGAAAUAUCACAAACUAUAGUAUUCAAUAUCAAGCUGAAUCUUCAAACUUGGAGUAUAGCAUUAGACUUAAUGGAGCCUCACGGAAUUAUACAAUUAAAGAUCUUGCGUCGAAUACAACUUAUCAAAUAUCUAUUGCUGCACAUGCUGGUGAUACAAAGGGUGUGAUGAGUUCAAAACAACAACGUAAAACAGACAUGGAUAUUGAUUCCCGAAGUGCUCACAUUAUGAAAGUCGAGAAAGAGGUUAAGGUUGUUCGUGUGACUUGGAAGCCUUCAACAGUGAACAUAAAUCAGAGACUUAGCUAUGCUCUGAACGUAACCAGGUAUAGCGAGAAUCUCAUGAUCGAGUUUAAUACAUUACUUGAACUAAACAACAGCAGCGUUCCAUACAACCUGACUGACCUCAAGCCAUAUGCAUUGCACGAGAUUCAAGUCACUGUUAACGGGUCGUCGGCUCUUAACAGCAGACCAGAGUUCUUUAGAACUCGUGAAGCUGCUCCUUCCGAUGCCCCUCGUGAUCUAAAGCUGCUUGAUGAGAAACAUCCAAAGAAACUCAAUGUAGUGUGGCAUCCUCCUGAACACCCGAAUGGUGACAUACUUAGAUAUCUUGCUGUACUUGCUACUGCCACUAUUGACAUUGACAACAAAGCGGUUCCAAUCACAGCUGUCAGUUUUGACACUCUAACGCCAUGGACAAGCUAUAACGUCAAGAUUGCAGCAGAAACAGCAGGAGGUCAAGGUCCUUACAGCAAUUAUACACAUUUUAGAACCAAAGAAGCUGCACCUGAAAUCAAUCUUAGUUUGACACCAUUGAAUAGCACUAGCAUUGGCAUUCAGUGGAAAAUCAAAACAAAUGGUAAACUGAAGUCACUGCAUAUGAGUCAUGGGUGUAGAAAGAGUUACUGUGAAUCAAACGGGCAAAUCGCAGAUAACAUCAUAGAUUACUCUUAUACAUUGAAUAACCUCCAUAAAGGAACCAAAUAUGACUUUAAUCUGACAGUAGAGACAAAUGCAGGAAUUUUUUCAAACGCAAAUACUACUAGUACUAUGGAGGAUAAGCCAAGUGCUUCACCUAAUGAUUUCGAGUGUGGGCUAGAUAAUGUCACCGAUGGAACAGUCCACCUCAGCUGGAAACAUGUACCAGAAGAACAUCAAAAUGGGAACAUCGCUGGCUAUAGUGUUCGAUAUUACUCCACGCAAGGGAGUAUUCCUAUGUCUCCCUAUGAAUUUAAGGAGACUGCACACAGAAAACUGACAGUUUCUAGUCUGAGUGAUAAUUCAACUUAUGCGUUUGAAGUAGCGGCAUCAACUAAUGUUGGAGUGGGAGUUUACAGCAAGCGAUGUGAAAUCCUAAUAGUUUCAAGGAGUAUUCAUAUAUUUCUUCAUUAUUUUGUAAGAGUGAUGUUAAUUGAGCUCAUUUUGUUUUCGCUAGGUCGAACUGAAGAAGAGACAUGGAUUGGUGUUCUCAUUGCUCUGCUUGUUCUUGUUGUACUGGCCACUUUUUUGAUUCUUGUUAGGUAUCGACAGACUCAUAUAACCGGUCGACUGAAAUUUGAUGGGAUGGAUUUGUCAUACUUCGCUGUUACACGUUCAAACCCACUUUACCCUCAACUUGAGAAGAUUAAACGAGAGUACCCAGAUUACGAGAUUGACAGGCGCAACAUCAAACAUGUAAAGGAGCUGGGUGAAGGCAACUUUGGUGCAGUGUUUUUAGCAUUCGCUUCAGGUCUAAUCGAGGAUGAUAUCGAAAUGAAGGUGGCAGUGAAAAGUCUAAAAGAGGGUGGAGUAGCUGAAGUCAGCGAGGCCUUUUUCGAUGAGAUGGAAAUAAUGAUGAAAUUCCAGCAUGAGAAUAUUGUUCGAUUGCUCGGAGUUUGCACAGAUCAAGAACCGUUUUACCUAGUAACAGAAUUUAUGGAGCAGGGUGACCUGAAGGAGUUUUUGAUGUUGAAACGAUCAACUGAUCCUGAUGUUCCACACCAACUUAGCUUUAAGGACCAGUGUACAAUACUGUAUCAAAUUUCUUGUGCACUCAAUUUCAUCUCAGGUAAGAGUCUCGUUCAUCGAGAUAUAGCGGCCCGAAACUGCCUCGUAGGCACUGGUAUUCAAGCCAAACUCGCUGACUUUGGAUUAGCACGAGGGACUGGGAGUGAUCUCUAUUAUCGUAAACUUGGAGGUGCAGUUCCCAUUCGAUGGAUGUCACCUGAAGCAAUAUUCGACGGCAAGUACAGUGUGCGCAGUGAUAUCUGGUCGUUUGGGGUAUUGGUGUGGGAAGUUUUUACAUUCGGACAGUUGCCAUUCUAUGGUUGGUCCAACGAAGAAGUUCUAGAGAAAGUGAGAGAUGGUUGGCAUUUGGCACUGCCUGAAAACUGCCCUGUGACAGUGUGUGAAAUCAUGGAGUGGUGCUGGGAACAGGAUCCACACGAGAGAGUAGCAGCCGAACAAUUGGUUCUCAUGUACAGCUGUCUCAUGAGACAAUCAGUUCAAACAGCCAAUGUACCACUUUGCAGCUUGGCUGAGUUUGAAUCAGUAGUGCCUUCCAGAGACCGACUUGAAAAUGAGUACGUAGCAGGGGAAGAACUGAUAGCUGAAACGUUUGAACAAUCACAUCGACGUGAAUCAAAAAGAGUCAAAGAACCAGGUCUCGUCAAGAAAGAGAAUCCAAUUGAGCCAAUUCCUGAGGCUGAAACUGCUUCAAAUUCAGAAGCUUACAAACCUAACCAUCGUGUUGUCAGCAACAAUAACAGCGACACUGUGGUUCAGUGUGCAAGCAAUGGCAAUCAGAAGCAAGACAGACCCACCUCUAGUCCACACUCAACGGAAGUUGCCGAAGAUACGGCUGCGGCUGUGGCUGUGAUGAACACUGCACACAAAUUUCCAAUCAAGUAUACUCACAAUGGCUUCAGUCCAUUCAUGGACAGUCAGUUGUAAGUACUCUCCAUAUUUCCACCUUUACUAGGAUAGACUGAAGGGCUUUAGAGACUUGUUGUAAAGAGCGAUCUUCCAAAAAGCUGCUUAUUGGCAAAUACAUUUCUGUAGAAAUACAUGUAGCAGCAGAAUUUGUCUCACACACAAAUGUGCCGUAAGAAUUUGUGCAGAGAACAA